AUGGCGACGACUUUGGAAUCUAGAAGUUCGUCCAACGAGCUGUCCAGUCCGCCUAGCGACGCUGAAAGCACUCCGGGCCCUCUGAAUUAUCUCACAGCUCAUCGCGAUGCGCUCCCACCCAGCAAUUUAGGUAUGCGCGACACUGCUCCCGCAUCAGCCACACCUGCAGGCCAAGCCACAAAGCCGGCGCCACAGCCCUCUGCUUCAGCUGAAGCCAAAACAAAGCGACCGCGCAAAAAGAAAGAUCCCAAUGCCCCAGAGCCGGAGAAGAAAGAAAAGGCCCCUAGAAAGUCUCGGGCUACUGGAACCAUUCGCAAGAAACCAAAGCUUGAGCCAACAACUGUCCGUGACACCAUCGACAUUGCUCCUGCAUACAAUGCGAACCUUCAGUCGUCCACCCUGAAUCAGCCAUUUUCCUACUCACCUCCAGCAGCGACAGCUCCUCCACCUCCCCAGUCCAGUGCAUACAAUGUGCGCCCUCCGGGCUCUGACUCGACCAUGUAUUCUCAAUCUCCUAUGCAGAGAUAUCACCACCAUGCGCCGCCCGCUCCUUCAGCGGCUCCCGCACCACGGUCUAUGUAUGAUCCUAUCCGGUCUAUGACUAUUUCACGACUUGUCGACCCCGUUCCAUCAGCCCCAAUGCCCCAGCAAAGUCAGACGACUCCCCCUCGACCAACGUACAACCCAAGCACAUCCCCCGCCAUAUCAAGCAUUAUCGAUCAUCCUGCUGCACCAGGAAAGCCCGCAUCGCCAGUACUGCAAACCGCUCCACCCAUCGCAACCUCAACAUACGAUCAGACUAAUGGCAAGUCUGCCCCUUCUCCCCACGUCAAUGGAGAUUCAACCGUCACCAAAGCCGAGGUAAUGGAACUGGACCCCGUGGCGAAGAAGUCUGCUCCUGCUAAGAAGACCCCGUCCGAGGCACCAACACGCCCCACUUCGCCCAAACCAACAAGAGCCAAAGAGCAGCCGCCACCGCCACCGCCAGGCUCUGGUCUACUUUCUGCUAGUCUUUUUGGCGGAGACUCGGGCGCUGAUGCUUCCCAGAAAGAUGCCAAAGGUCCGAACAUUGUUAUCCAUAUCGACCUCAAGGAUCCGAAGAAUCAAGUUAUCAACUUUGCUCGACUGGCCGAAGAGAAGUACGGCUUUGCCGCUCUCUAUCCUCGCCAAGCUGCCCAGCGGGAGCGCCUGGCCAAGGUUGCGGCGGCUGGCGCGGCCCUGGAGCGAUCCGCAUCGGGCAGCAAGUUUGGAGGCACUUCUGCUGGAGAAAGCGGGGAUGAGGACGUCAGCGUUGACAUUGAUCGUGACUCCGACAACGAUGGCGAUGUAGCCAUGUCAGGGGUCAAUGGCCAGGACGUGAUGAACGGCGGCGCCGAUGCUCCUGAGCAGAAGAAGAAACGGAAGAAGAAGGUGGAGGAGUAUGACCAGGAUGAUCCGUUUGUUGAUGACAGUGAACUACUCUGGGAGGCGCAAGCCGCAGCUAGCAAGGAUGGUUUCUUUGUCUACUGUGGCCCGCUCGUUCCAGAGGGUGAGAAGCCUGCUGUCGAGAGAGCCGAUGGAACUGUCAAACGAGGUCGAGGUCGGGGUAGAGGUGGUGGUCCUGGCUCGCGAGGAGGAAGAGCGGGAGCUGCUUCAGACAGACCUGGUGGACGAGGCGGUGGACCAGGAUCUCGAGGCGGUGGAAUUACACGCAAACCGCGCAUCACCAAAGCUGAACGUGCUCAGAUGGAGUCGGAAAAGGCUCAGCGAGAGAAGAUUGCGCCGCUCGUGGCGAAACCUGCAGCGUAUCCUGGCUGA